AUAUUCCAGCAGUUGUGAAUAAGCAGCUGAUGGGCAAAAACCUCUAAAAGAUAUUUCGAAACAUAUUUUAUAUUUUAUUAUUUCGAAAGAAAAACUGCAAUGGAACCAAUUUUACUUAUACACGGUGGAGCAGGAAAUAUUACAGAUGCUAGGGUAUCGGGUAAUUAUGGUAUGAAAGAGGCUCUACGAUCCGCCAAAGAACAUUUAUGGCCUUCAAAUGGAGGCGAGGCUAAUGUCUUAGAUGCCGUUGAGGCAGCAGUUCGAGCAAUGGAAACCGAUCCCAAUUUUAAUGCCGGCUAUGGUGCCUGUUUAAAUAUAGAUGAAAAGGCUGAAGUUGAAGCCAGUAUUAUGGAGGGUAAAGAGCUUAAGGCUGGCUGUGUAACACUUUUGCACGAUAUUUUACAUCCAAUAUCAGUGGCCCGCCGAAUAAUGGAAAAAACUCAACACACGUUUUUGGGAGGAACUUCCGCACAUCAAUUGCAGCAGGAGGGUUUUCAACAAUUACAGCAAGGUUCUUUGAUAACGAGAGAAGCUAUUUUGGCAUUAAAAGAAUUUAAAGAUUUACGAGCAAGAGGUAUCGAUACAACCUAUGCAAGAACAGAACUUGAUGCUCCUGGUGAGCCGGGUACUGUGGGUGCAGUAGCUAUCGAUUCCAAGGGCAAUAUCGCAGUUGCCACUUCAACAGGUGGUAUUACAGGCAAAUUAGCUGGACGCAUUGGUGACACACCUCUAUUGGGUUGUGGUACAUAUGCCGAUAAUACGUUGGGAGGCGUUUCAACUACAGGUCAUGGCGAGACUACAAUGCGUUUUAAUUUAGCACAAAAAAUUCUCUCGAAAAUACGUUAUGAAAAAAAGACUGCUCAAGAGGCAACGGAAGAAAGCUGCAAAGAAAUGACUGAACGUUUAGUUGGUACUGGCGGAGCUAUAACAAUUGAUUCUAAAGGAGAAAUUGGCAUAUAUUGGACUUCGAAACGCAUGGCAUGGGCAUAUACAAAGGGGAAAGAUAUAGGUUUGGAAUUAAUCAUAAUGAAGAAUUCACGGAGCAAUUGUAAAUUUGUGAAUUGUUUUUUUUUUUUUUUAAUUUUGUAUAAAAAGAAAAUUUUUGUAAAAAAGGAAAUUUAUCGAAAAUUUUUGUAAAAAAAAGAAAAUUUG